AGUAAAUUAUUAUGCCCUUUACUUCAGAUUUAUUUCUUGUAGUAGGAAGCCUUACAACGGUUGAAAAUGUUUCAUCACUGAAAUACAUAUAUUUCUCUGGCAGCGAGGAGAAGAUGGCAUGGAUCUUGGCAGGAAGGCUGUUUUACUAUCUGUUACAUCAAAAAUAGUGGUAUCAUAUAAAAUGUGAUGGGACAAGCUUCAGGCAUCAAGUCAGCUGUUAGCAAUAGUGGAAGAAUUCGGAACCACCUUAUUACCAUGAAUACCUACUUGGUGGUUGUAUUGGCCCUUGCGGCUUGUGUGCUUGGCUACGAUGAAAUCUACGAUAAAAUAGAUGUAGACAAGAUCAUCGGUGAUGACGCCUUGUUCACCUCUUAUAUCAACUGCAUGCUGGAUAAGGGACCGUGCUCCGUAGAGCAUUCUGCUGACUUCAGAAAACUACUUCCUGAAGUGAUAGCGACUUGCUGCGCUAAAUGUACGCCCAUCCAGAAGAAGAAUGUACGUAAGACGGUGACGGCUUUGACUGAGAAGCGACCUGAUGACUUCAAAGAGUUCCGUGCUAAAUACGACCCAGACAGCAAAUACGAGAAGGACUUCACCGCUUUCGUCAUGGGAUCCGAUUAAGGCCACCUGUAAAAGAAAAACUUUGUCCACGAAACGGCAGUAUAAGUAAACGGACACUUUGAAUUAUGUGGAGCAUUACAGUAAUAUAAGUUGCAAUUUUAUACCUUUGUUUGUUUUUAAACCUUUUGAUU